UGCUUCUAGAAUCUCACAGCGUGCCAACGCUCCAAGCAGGCGGUCAACGACCUCUCGAGAUAACACGGAAAACACGCGAUGCUUGAAGGAACCUCGGUGUUUCGGUUGUAAACCUCGUAGUUAACUGUUUAGGUUUCAGGCAUCACAUUUGCCCGGCUUUUUGCUAUAUAACACUGCGCAGUAAUCCGUGUUCCGGUGAAGAAGUUUACCUGCUAUAUCACAAAGAUGCAAGCUGCCUCAGCAAAAUGGUAUGACAGACGAGACUCUGUUUUUGUAGAGUUCUGCGUGGAAGACAGUAAAGAAGUACAAGUAAAGUUUGACAAGUCAAAAUUUGAGUUUAGCUGUGUCAGUGGAACAGAGAAUAUCAAACACCACAAUGAAGUCGAGCUUUUUGGGGAAAUUGACCCCAAAAACUCCAAACACAGACGCACAGACAGAUCUGUCCUGUGUUGGUUACGAAAAGCAGAGGCUGGGAAAUCAUGGCCACGACUUACCAAAGACAAAGCAAAGUGCAACUGGCUGAGUGUGGAUUUCAAUAACUGGAAAGACUGGGAAGAUGAUUCAGAGGAGGACUUGUCAAGUUUUGACAAAUUCUCAGAGAUGAUGAACAGCAUGGGUGGAGAUGAUUUACCUGAUUUAGAUGGUGCAGAAGAAGAGCAUGAGUCUGCAGACAGCGAUGAUGAAAAGAUGCCAGACCUCGAGUAGGCCGACAUGGUUGCCACCUCACUAGUGAUCAAAGCAAGUCAUGAGUCUGAAGAACCAAAUUAGGCAAUGAGUUGGCAGCCACGUUGACGAACAACCUCUCCACCCAGUUUCCAAAGUGAAAUCCCUGCAGGGAGCUACGGGGAGUGACUGUUGGAUACAGAUAUGCACAGACAUCCAUAACAACAUACAGUACUGUGCUUUGCUGUUUUGUUCUGCAUGGACAAUUCUGUUCAAAUGAAAACGAUGUUCCCUGAUUUAAAUGACCGUAUUGGGAUGUGCUAAUGUCUUACACCCUGUUUCUCUAUUUCUCUUCUUCUGUUUUCUUUCCGAUGUCAGGUUAUGUAAAACACGUGAUUUCUUAUGACUAAAAUAAAAACUCAAAAUGCCUAUUUUUUAAUGACAGACAUCCCCUUUUUAAUGUUUGUAUUGUUAAUUGCACUUAUGUUUAUGUUAAGAGGCAAGAGGUCCGCUUUGAAUUGGGUUUCAAAUAUCUGCAAAUAUUUAACAUUAAGUUUAUUUUGUAAACUGUUGCAGCAUUUAAAAUAAACAUAUACUUGUACAACUACAGAUUUGCAGUGAGAAGGUUGUGGAGUUUGCACUUCAUUGUUUCUUUAUUACUUCCAUUAAAGAGAUCUUGCAUUGUUACAAAUAAAACUAAUAUUAAAAGCUUUUUUUUUUUCCAUAAGUCUUAAUCGGGAGAAAAACUGUAUGCAGUCCACUAAAAAUUAAACAAUGGUUAUAAAUAUUUAUCACAUAACAAAUAUGCUUUGAAUGAUUAUGUUUGAUUCUAAGUAUCAAACAUUUGUUGUAGUCAAUGUGACUUUGAGAAAACAUUUUUAAUAAACUUUGGCAAUGCAAAACAA